ACUUCACCACUUCUUUCGCACACUUCGCCUACUCACUCUCUCUCUCUCUCUCUCCUUCAACACUUCCAUUUGCUUUCUCUCACUACCUUCCAUUUCCUCCCAUCUCAGCUGCAGUAAAAAUCUAGCGAAAGUUCGGAUACUUGGGCCGGCGAUUCCUCAGAAAGAGUCUCAAUUCUUUUUCCGAUUUGGCAGCCUUGGGUGGGUGGAUACACAUAUUGAAGUCUGCUGGAGUUAUCAUCAUGCCGUGGGCGCUCUCGUCUGUGUAUUACUGUGGGAAGUGUGUGCGAAUGGUUGUGUUCUUUCUCAUGAUUCUGUAAAAUUGGUUGUAUUUGAGGGUUUUGAUUGUAGUGAAAAAGGGUCUGAGUCUAAAAUCUGUUGGAGGAGUGAGAAUGUACAUUGCUUUUACACUAAAGAGAUACAGAGCAGUCAAGGAAGUUGGACAGUUUAAAAUGUGUGUUGGGAACAUCGUUUAUGACCAAUUGAUGCAAGUUUGUCAGGCUGAGUAUUUCCGUCAGUUGCUCAAACCUGUUACGUAGUGUUGCUUCUUUGGACGCUUGGGGAAGGUGGGAUUUUUCUACUUCUUUUUGUGGUGGAGUUCUGGAAGAAGUAAUCAAGUGAUCAAUGCAGUAGCUGCCGGUUUGUAUGGGAUUUGUUUGCUGCUUCUUUUACGAUGGACGCACCCCAGACAUUUUAGCUUUUAGUUCUGUUAUUCAAAACCUUCCUUCUAUAUUCAAAACCUUUCUUCAACACAUAUUUGCGUCUCCGUGACUCAUGCAGAGUAACCAACCGUUCUUACCUCAAAAGACUAUGCUGCCCCUUGCAGACGGAGUAGGUAGUGCCUAUAAUUACGAUGCUUCUGCUACAUCUUUUUUGGAUACGAUGGCCGUAUCUCCAGGCUACAAUCCCGCUCUGCCCUCCCAGAAUGUCAAAUUGCAGCUUUCCGAGGCUUGCCCCAAGAAUUUCAUCAUCUUUGAUCAGACGGAUUAUAGAAGCCAGAUCAUGUUCCACCCUGCAAUGGCCUCCAAUUUUUACCCUCAUCUAAACAUCAAUGCAUCUCCUUUUUAUGAAAAUGGUAUGGAGAAAAUAAACGCCAACAAUGAGGAUCGAGAAAUUUCAUCUCAACGAGAAGAUUCAGAUGACAUUGAUGCAUUGAUGGAUUUGAUGAGCUUUGAAGAGGAGAGUUACAUGGAAAGUGAGGACGAAGAACUUAGCACAGCACGCACCGAUGCAAACUAUGGUAGUAGUUCACCCGAUUCUUGCUCGAAUUACCCGUGCCACAAGAGGUCCUCUGUCAGUGGUGAAAGCUGCAGCAAAAGAAAGAAACUGAGGAAAAUGGUGAAGACGUUAAGAGGAAUUGUUCCUGGUGCAAACGGGAUGAAUACCGUGGCCGUCCUCGACGAAACUGUUAGGUAUCUGAAAUCGCUCAAGGUUGAAGUGCAGAAACUAGGAAUAAAGAAUUUACGGAGCUAAGCCACAACACACCUGUUCAAUAAUAUGAUGAAACAGAGUUCCUUCACUACUCUUUAGAAUGUCUGGCUUGGCUAAUUAUGCAUCUUUGGUUUCAGUUUCAUUGUGGGGAAUUCGGGAUUACUUUAAUGCUUUUGCUGUGACUCAUAUGCCACUUCGGUGCAAAGGCAAACUCCAAGGACGAGAUCUACUGUGCUAGUGUUUUCUUUCUAUAUUGUCUGAUGACACCAGGUAUUAUGUUAGUCUAACCUGUUCUAAGUUAACUAUUGGCUGCUGUUUUCUAUUAUCUUCUGUAACUGCAAAUGUUGUUUUCUACUGGCUUUUUACUGUUUCCACUAUCCGACAAUAAUGACAGUAUAUUAUUUGGGCUUUUGCCAUUUGUGCUCCAA